CUGUUGAUCUGAACUGUGGCGUACGAAUAGCCGUCCCACAAAUGACAAACCCCGCACCCCAUCCUGCACAGAGUGGAUUCAGACAGCGAUGUACAUAGAUCCUGUCCUGCUAGAGAGCCUAUAUACCUUACAGAAGAAAAAGGCUCACCAUGCUCUCUGCUUGUCUGGAGUUCCUGGGGAUGGGGUUGUGCCUAGUGGGCUCGCUCCUGGUCAUGAUCGCGUGCGGGCUGCCCAUGUGGAAGGUGACGGCGUUCAUCGAUAUGAAUAUCGUGGUCGCGCAGACCAACUGGGACGGGCUCUGGAUGUCAUGCGUGGUGCAGAGCACCGGCCAGAUGCAGUGCAAGAUGCACGACUCGGUGCUGGCGCUCAGCCAUGAUCUGCAGACAGCGCGCGCCCUCACGGUGAUCUCGGCGGUUCUUGGGGUGGCGGGGCUGGCGGUGACUAUUGCCGGGGCGCAGUGCACUAACUGUAUCAAGACCGAAUUGGUGAAAGCAAAAGUGGUGCACGCCGGUGGGGUGGUCUACAUAAUCAGCGGUCUAUUGGUAUUGGUUCCCCUCUGUUGGAUGGCCAAUAACAUCAUAGUAGACUUUUACAACCCAGAUGUGUCCUCGUCCAAGAAGAGGGAGAUAGGAGCGGCCAUCUAUAUCGGCUGGGCCGCCACAGCCCUGCUCCUUCUGGGGGGAACCAUGCUGUGCUGCUCCUGUCCCCAGCGAGGCAAGAGUGCCUAUCCCAUCAAGACCAUCUCGGCCAACGGAGACUUCGACAAGAGACAUUAUGUGUAGGUGAUGAAAAGAGAGUUUUGCGCACAUCCAAACUUGCCACAGGAGCCGGACAGACAAGUUAAUGUCUACCCUUCUUGUUUGAUGCCCAUCACAUACGUUAUCUUUAUUGUGGUCACCUAGAACGGAGGCUUUGAUAAGGGAAAUUAUGUGUAGGCUAGACGAUAUCAGGAUACUUUUUUUCAUUUGGUUUGAUUGUCUGUUAUGCAUGCCGACUUCACCAAACUUUAACUUCCUCAGUUUGAAAUCAGUGUAUAUUUUUUUCGAACAUAUAUUUCUGUGUGUUGUAGGCUACACCGUUGUGUAGGGGUCUGGCGACCAGAAAAUAAAAACAGAAAUGUUGCCAAUGAAGCCAUACACACCGAGAGCGCAGCUAACCAAGGUUACAUUUUUGGUUGAUCUUCAAGCUAUCCAUUGUGUAGCGUUUUUUAUAAACUCUUGUAUUUGCAUAUUACUAUUUCAUCAGUAUUAUAUAGGCUAAAGGUAAAGGUAAAGAUGUUUUAAAUGUUGAUGUUAUCAUUUGACACUAGGCUAUUGUCUGGCCAGAGUGGUCUGUCAAGUCUGUGUGCUCUGUGAAUAAAGCAUAUUGUUCUCAACUGGCUUUAGUGUCUGCAUGUAAGUUGUAAAUAGCUACAUACAUAGAAGCAGGGACUGGUUUUCAACAUAGUUAAUAACUUUAGGUUCCCACACUGGACGUGUCCUUUGUAAGCAGUGAAUGCUACUCAGAACAAUGUGCCCUCAUAUGAUGAUAAAAUGAGCUUAUUUGCAUUUGAAUGCUGUUGUAUUGUACUGUAUAACUAGCUGAUUGUGGACCUAUCUGUUUUCCUGGCCCUCUUUAAACUAUUGGGCAAUUGAUGUUUUAUAAUAAAAAUGAAAUCACAAACCCC